AUGGCUAGUGAGGAGAGUUUUGUGGUUUUGGUGCAUCACAGAGGAUCUGUCAAUAGAAAAACUCGUUCCGGAGUAAAGUUCACAGAUAAGAAUCCUCUAUGUAUUAUCGUAACUUCUACGACGAGUUAUGAUGACCUUAUUAGCGCUGUACUAAUGAAGCUUGAUCUGGAAGGUGCGAAGCGGGUAAAGAAGUUUUUCUAUCGCAUUCCAGUCACGGUGCUACAAAAUACGGUGAAGUAUGAUUGCUUCACGAUUAAUAAUGAUGUCGACUUGCAAGUAAUGUUUCUUUGUCGGCGGCAGUUUCCGGAGGUGAGGACACCAAAGUUGUUGGCACGGCUGGUUGAUGUGGUAUCCAGCUCCGGCGGUUCGAACCGGAAUACGAACACUAUAGCGAAUGCAGCAGGUUCUAGUUUCCGGCCUGCCGUUGCUUCCUCCUCCGUCCCUGUGUACGAACCAGUCGUCCAACCUGUCGCCUCCCCGUCAUUUGCUGUUGACCUCAAUGGCACCGAAGGCGACGAGGUAGUGGAAAGGGAAAAUUUGCCGAAUGCUUUAGUGGGAGUUGCACCUGUUGGCGUUGGAGACGGUUUUUUGGGUGAUGAAGAGGAGGAUGACGUCGAGCCGGAUAUGAUUGACGAUGACAGCGCUGAUGAUAUUGGAGCGAAUGGGCCUGCAUUGGCGGUAGGUGGUUCUAGCUCUGGCACACAUUAG